AGGUUUGAAGGAGGGAUUGGCAGGAAGACAGAGGGUGUUUGGCACAAGGAAGAUUGUUCCGAGUGUGGGGGUGUGGCAUGAGCAAUAGGCCAUUACAAGCCAGUGGAGCUGAGAAAUAUGGCACAGACUUCCCUCUCCGCCCAGCUAUUUUUGAGCAGAUUGCAACAUAGAAUCACUUGCAUCUUGAGCCGUGCAGGUUGAUGUUGCAGGGGAGUUGAUUUUGCUAGCACCAAACUUCAGACAGACGGGACUGGACUAAGAGCUGACGUGGUGGACACCUGUGAGUGGAGGAUAAGGUGUGAUUGUCCGUGACCCGUGGAAUGGAGGCCUGAUGUCAAUGCAAACAUGGAUGAAGAGGAAGCGCUUAACUCUAUUAUGAAGGAUCUGGCAGCACUGGGCAAAUGCAGAGGACUGCUGGAUAGCAACAGGAACAAAAACAGCGUCCACUCCAGCAAACAGCAGCGGAAUGCCAGGAUCAAGUUUGAAUAUGAUGGAGAGAAAAGGAUUCUCCAGUUUCCAAGGCCAAUCAAAUUCAAAGAAGUGCUACAGAAGGUCAUGGAUGCUUUUGGGCAGAUGAUGGAUUUGCACUAUGCGAACAAUGAGCUCCUGAUCCCGCUGAAAUCGCAGGAAGACUUGGACCGCGCAGUGGAGCACUUGGACCUUAGCCCUUCUCUGAAGAGCCUGAGGGUGGUUGUGAAGGCUCCAAGGAAAGCGAACUUUCUCCAGCCCAACAGUAAGCAGCAUGAAAUGAGAAUAUCUAAGUCCAUGGGUGACAUCAUGGGGUCCCUGUGUAAAGACGCUGAGAGGACGCGGAAGUAUUCAACAGGUUCCCUGCACACGGGCCGGAGUUCCCCACCCCCAGGGAGCGUGCCUGAAGAACAGCAGCAGAUCGCACGGCAGGGCUCCUACACUAGUAUUAACAGCGAAGGGGAAUUCAUCCCUGAGAUUAUGGAGCAGACUAUGCUUGAACCUUUCAUCAGCCCUGGCGAGUCACUCUCUGGGAGCUGCCAGUCCCUGGACCAAUCUAUAGACAGCCCACCCUUUACCCAAAGCCCUGUUCCCAGAAGGAAGAGCCAAGCCAAAGACAGUCUUGAUUGCCUGGAUUUCGACAUCCCGUUUUGUGACCGAUUCGGGAAAGGCGGGACCUUCCCCAGACAAUAUCACCUUUCGCAGAGCCGUAAAGACUAUAGCGACGGUCGAAGGACUUUCCCGAGGAGUUACAUCCCUCAGGAGAACCAGUUUCAGCUUGUCCCCUCCAGCAGAACCAAGAGCUUCACCGGGGACAGCAAGCUCCUGACCUUGCAGUACGAGAAGCACAGGACCAAAUGGUGGCUGGACUGUGACAAGGGACUGCAGGUCUUCAACAAGUCCCCCAGCAAGUCCAGGAAUUCUUUGCAGGCGCCUGUGAACUGGAGGCUGGGGAAGCUGCUUGGCAGAGGGGCCUUCGGGGAGGUUUACCUCUGCUACGAUGCGGACACCGGCAGAGAGCUCUCGGUGAAGCAGGUGCCCUUUGACCCAGACAGUCAAGAGACGAGCAAGGAAGUCAACGCCUUAGAAUGUGAGAUCCAGCUGUUGAAGACGCUCCGCCAUGACAGGAUAGUCCAGUAUUACGGUUGUUUGCGGGACCCGGAGGAGAGGAAGUUGUCUAUCUUUGUGGAAUACAUGCCAGGGGGUUCCAUAAAGGACCAAUUAAAAGCAUACGGUGCUCUGACUGAGAACGUCACUCGGAAGUACACCAGGCAGAUUCUGCAGGGAGUCUUCUACUUACACAGCAAUAUGAUUGUCCACCGGGAUAUUAAAGGUGCCAAUAUUUUGCGAGAUUCUGCUGGGAAUGUGAAACUAGGAGAUUUUGGAGCCAGCAAACGGAUCCAGACCAUCUGCAUGUCAGGAACUGGCAUUCAAUCUGUCACCGGGACACCAUACUGGAUGAGCCCAGAGGUGAUCAGUGGAGAAGGCUAUGGAAGGAAAGCUGACGUGUGGAGCGUGGGCUGUACUGUAGUGGAGAUGUUAACAGAAAAGCCACCCUGGGCAGAAUUUGAAGCCAUGGCGGCCAUUUUCAAAAUAGCCACUCAGCCGACCAAACCCCAGCUCCCGGACGGCGUCUCGGACUGCUGCCGCAACUUCCUCAAGCAGAUCUUUGUGGAGGAGAAGCGGCGGCCUACAGCAGAGGACCUGCUGAGACAUCCUUUCAUGACCUGCAGUCUCUAGGCCCUUGCAGAGGGUUAGGGGACAUGCAGGUGGAACAUAAAAGGAAGUGGGGGGGAGGGUGAAAAAAUAGACCCACUGAGCUUUGCAUUCUGAGAUGUAGACCUCCGUCUAGGUUGGCAUCCUUCGCUCCUUACUGUUAGGUGGUGGGCCAGUGGGGGUUUUCCUUUGUAAGCUGCACUUACGACCAUCUGACUGUGGAGAUGUGGCCGUGGCCAUGCUUGGGGCUAGAGGGAGUUCAGAAUUGGGGAUCCUCCUCAGAACACACUGGCCUUAAUGCUAGCGGCAAACUAACCUGCCCUGUUGUUGAUUGGAUGUCUAUAGCGGAGGCACUUGGGGUAGUAACACAUUUGCCUCAGAGGAUUGAUGUGAAUGAACCCUGAUGCCCCCUGCUGGCCAUGAAAGCAGCAUGCGUCUCAAGGGAGCCUUGUCCUCAGCAAAGCAGGAUGUUGUGUAUCCGCGCUGCCGUUUACAGCCUGUCAGACUGAGGAACUGAGGCGAGAAGCCAAGAGCAACAAAACCAGGACCGAGGCAUGAUCGGGAGAGGGGUACCAUUCAUUUCUAACGGGGAGAGGAAUCCUGGGGUGUACAGGGAAGAUGAGAGGAAAACUGAGUCCAUAGCGACAUCUCCAGCUCUUCAGAGGGGUGGAUUAGGAUUGUUUUGUGCCUUAGGUGGUUACAGUCAAGGAGCAAUAGCCUGAUUCAGCACAAGGCAUCCAGUCAAGGACGUAAUAACAAUACAGUCAUUCUGAGUUGAAGUUCUUAUACCUGUAACGUAGCGUAAGUACAUGGUGGCGUUCUUCUCUGGAUGCGGGAAGGUCCCUGUAGAUUAUUCACUGCUGAAGCUGGCCGCAGGACCUCGGCGCGUGUUCUUUCAUUGUUCAGCAGAUCAGUGUGUCUAGAUGAUGCCGAUGCCAGUGGCCCUCUUAGCUCAACACAAGCUCAUUCUUCAGCACCUGAUCCUGUUGCCACUAAAGCAGGGCAGGCUUGGUCACUGAUUUUCAUGGGAACAGAACAGGGGAGGCUGUAGCUAACGCUCUUGUCCUAUCCCUAGUUGUGACAGCCUGUGACCAUUCCAGCAUGCUGCUAACGAAGGGUCCAGCCAGCAGGGCAUCGAGUGCUUUCAGCUCACUCCUUUGUAGGAUCAGGCCUUAGAUGACACUGCAGAGUACUGGGUGUGGAAAAGUCAUGUGUGAGGUAGAAUUCAUCCCACCACUCUGGGCUAGCAUGAGGGCUGUGCCUCCAAAGGGGACAUCUGUGGGACUCAAUGAUACACAGACUCUGUGCAAGGGCAUAUUUCAUCCAGAGGCCGGGUCUACGUCACACUACAGUUCCAUGGGGGUAUGAAAAAUCCAUGCCCCUGAGCAGUGUAGUUAUACCAGUCUAACCCCCCAUGUAGACAGCAGUAGAUCAAUGGGAGAGCUUCUUCACCCACCUAGCUAAAAGGUGGAUUACCUACGCCAGUGGGAGAAAUCUGUCCGUGUAGUAGUGUCUUCACUCAAGUGCUGCUGUGGUGCAGCUGCUUUGGAUUUUAUAGAAAUGUAAUGGGGAUCUGUACAAAGCGAGCUUAGUGUACCCAGAACCUGAUUCUUAUCGGGAACCAACUCCCAAGAAGUCUCUAAAGUUACAGCAGAGUGACUCGGGUGUGAGAGCAGAACCCUGCCUACAGAACUGAACAGAGACUAGCAUUCUGGAGGGAUCUCCAAGAGGAACGAAUAGAUUCUGCACUACGAAAAUCAUGGAAAGUUGUGCUCUUGACUUUAAUGGGCCUGGGAUCAAACCAGUAAUUCUCUAUUAAAUUAUAUCAGAUAGGUCCAAAAACCUCUAUUAUUAUUAUUUAUUUAUUUGUAUUCCCGUAGCACUCAGGAGUUCUCGUCAUGGGUCACGGUUAGGACUCUGCUUGUGACUCUGUCCAGAAGCAGUCACAAGUCAGUCCUUUCUUAACACCACGCCAGAGAUCGACAUUCUGGCAUUUGACUUAGCGGGCCUAGUAAAUCAGAUGCUGAGGGCAGCUCAAGCUGGCAUCUGUUCUCUGUGAAGUCACGAGGAGUAAGGGAAGCCGACGGGAACGUUUACUCCUGUCGGCCUCCCACUGUGGGAACGACGCCAAGCUUGGUUUUAGGUAAUUGGAGUUGCAUGCCUUAAGCCGACCUUCCCGAUCGAGUGCAGACCUGGCCUUAGAGUGACCAUAUUUCUUAAAGGGAAAAGAGGACAUCACAUGGGGCUACACCCAAGCACCCUGUCCUCCCCCUAUGUGGUCUGGCCUGAGCCACUCACCCAAGACACUUCCCUGUGUGAAACUAGGACUGGUGUCACUGCUUGCCUGAGCCCUGCCACCCUCCCCUCCCAUUGAUCAAGUUGGCAAGAGCAAAUAGAACAAAUGCCCCCUUUUGCCCAAAAAGUCAUUGUGUUGGGUUCUUUUAUCACUCUGUUGUACAGGUUGAACCUCUAAAAUCUGGGACUUUCUGAUCAGCAACAUCCUACUGGACUCUGGAUACUGCUGGGCCAGAAAGAAUCUUGGCAGCUGGUAGUGGGGGCCAGCCAGGGUGAGGGGCCUAGUGACGGGAACAGGACGGGGCCAGCGGCUGGGAGUGCGGCCCUGGUUGGGGCUAGCACAGUGGGGACUGCAGCCCAGUGGCCAGGGCUGGUACCCAGGAGCAGGGCCAAUUGCUGGGAGGGGAGCCUGAUCUCUCCUGGUCUGGCAAACUCCCUGGUUCAGGACCGCUCAGGUCACAAGGGCACUUGACCAGGGAGGUCCAAUCUGUGUGCCGCAGGACUUUCCAUAGAGUUUAAAGGAUUAUUGGAAAAUUAAAAAAAAUGUUUUACAUUAUUUUGUAUUUUGCAGUUUCCCCGUUCACUGCCCUCAUUUUAAAAAACUGCCCUCAGUCACUUUUUCAUAUUAAUUGAGAACAGAGUCUGACUCCCAGCCAAUCCAUCUGGAUUUGAUUCUCGGAGGACUGGUGGGGUAAUGUUGACCGUAGGCGCUGAAAUAUGAGCAACGUGGUGCUGUGCAAGGGUAGGGCGGAAAUGUGACCUACUUUUUAAAGAUCUGUUUGCAGGCUUCGUGGAACUCCAUCUAGAGGCCAUUUCCAAACAAAUUCCUCCAUGUUUCUUUUCUUCCUGCCAAUUACAAGUGCAUUCCCGCGCCCAGCACUUUGACUGGCACUUUGCAACCCAUCUGAAGUGCCAGGGGUGGCUGAGUUGCUCCGGAAGCAGAGUCACAAGUCUGUUCCUCCUUACGGAAACCAUAUUUCCUCAAGGGAAAAGGGGACAUUGUGUGGGGUAGACAUGAGUCUCCCUGGCAUGAGCUGCUCACCUGAGACCCCCUCCCUGUGUGAGGCGAGGGCUGGUGUCACUGCUCCCCCAAGUCCUGCCUUCCUCCCAACUGAUCAAGUUGGCAAGAACGAACAGGACAAAUGCCUGAACCUGCUUGACCUAUAAGGGCAGUGAGCAGAGUCAUCCCUUCUCCUGGCACAGUUGUCUCCCCCUACAUCUUGGCUCAGCAGUGUUUUGGUUGCUAGAGUCAAGUCUAUGCCCACCUGUGCGGGAAGGAGAGUAGCAACCUCUCAGCAGCUCGCCUGCAGGGAGGUGAGGAGGCAUCUGACACACCUGGAGGUACCUGCCUGAAUCGGCUCAUGACAGCCCUAUGAAAACAAACUUGAGUGCACAUCCAAGGAGGGAUGACAGACCCCUGGCUCCGCUGCAGGCUGCUGAGAGGCUCCUUCUAAAUAGUGAGGGGGACGGGAAAGCUUUUAUAAUCCUGAUGGUAGCCAAAUUGUGACGGUUUGCCCUUGUCCUCCUGAGAGCGAGCCCUGGGCUUGGAGGGCAGUUUUCUCUCCUGCCCUCCUUAAACGACAUCCCACUGUGAUGCCACAGAUCGUGCCUCAUUGUUUGAUUUUUGCACUCACCAGGCUGUGUCAUGAGGUCCUGAUAUCCCGCAGGGCAAAGGCUUAGCGAAUGUCCCGGGGCUGGCAGGGGUUCAGCUGUAGGAAUGCUGGGGGCAGGGGGAGUCAAUCCCGCAGGCCUUGUGCAAACAGAAUCUGCCAGUACCUUCCCUAGGGCCUGAUCUGACUUGCUUAUGCAUUGCUGCCCUUGGGAGUAGUUCUGCAAUGGAGAAGUUAUCUAACUCUGCACGCAGCUAGGUUGUCUAGGGCAAUGCCCACCAGCAGAGAACUCCACCCCUGUGCAGAGGGACAGCAUAAAGCGCUCUCACAGCCUGCUCCAUUGUAAGGCUUAUGGUGGGCAUGGCCCUGCACAGGUGUGAAUUUCGCCAGACCAGGGCGCUCCUAAAGCAUGCUCAGCUCUGGUCAAUUGAGGCAUUCCUUCACCCUCCCUUCCCCUGUCGUGUGUGUGGAAAACCGCUCCUCAGGUGCCUAUGCCUUUUUAAAACGCCCUUGCAGUGUUUUGCUGUAUAAAAAUAUAACAAGGGACAGAGAAUGUAAUAGGAUUCCAUAUACAUUUUUUUUACAUGUUGUGUAUUGGAAAGUACAUUGAUCUUAUGUAUAGUAGAAGCAUUUCGCUCGUAUCAACUCUUGCUCUUUUUUGCAAUAUUAUCAAUACUGUGUCAUGUCUAUGUAUUGUAAUUUUUUCCUUAUCUAGGGAAAAGGCUCAAGUGUGAUAUUGUAUAUCAUCAAACUUUAUAUUGUAGCCUAUACAUCUGUAUAAUUCCUUCACACCAGGCCAAAUAUCAUUAGCCAGCAAGUUGUACAUAAGAAAACAGAGUGGGAUGUAGAAAGCUGUCUCGUGGAGGGUAAGAUUGAGGCCAUAAUUGGAACCAGAGGCCUUGUAUGAUUCAACCUGCGGCGACAGCUCUAUUUUUUUUUUUAUUCUUGGAAAAAAAAACCUAAUGAAAGACUAUUUAAGCCAGAGAUUACUGGGUUUUGCUAGAAAUAAUGUAUUUAAGGUCUGAGACUUGAAAUUUGUUUGCAUCACUCUGUCUAAUGCUUGGCCAUUCCUGCAGUAUGGUAUGUCCCACCUUGCUCUAUAUGCACUGGUCCAGUUAGGGUUAUUGGAUGAGCUGGGAAACUAGGCUUUACUAGACAAGGAAGCACCACACAGGGUGGUGUUUGGGAAUAGAGGAUCGCACAGCCCAUAUGAGGACCAGAAUUGAGACAUUGUAUCUACAGUUGUGUUUAAAUGUGUUGGGAGCAAAUUCUGUUCUGUUAUGCUUUUGCUGCGAAUCUGAAGGUGGUCCAAUUACUUCAGCCUCUUCGUUCAAUAUAUGCCUGCCUCCUUCCAUGCAUGUAUUUUCCAAACCAGCCCUUCUUCAAAGGCUAGACUCUGACUUGAGAAACAGCUGUGAGCAAAGGCUGGUAUAUCAUGUGCAUGUUCCCAGCAGAAGAUCUGGAAGGCUUAGGCUUAGGCUUAGGCUAUGUCUAGACUGCAGUCUUCUUUCAGAGAAGGUGCUUUUCUGGAAGAGAUCUUCCGAAAAAACUUAUUCUAAAAGAACAUGUCGACACAGCAAAAGCACAUCGAAAAAGCGAUCUGCUUUUUUGAAAGAGCGUCCACACCAAAUGUACGCUAGCUCGCAUUUAAGGUGUGAAUACUAUGGAUGGAGUGGCCACUGGGGCACCUGUGCUUUUUCCUCUUUUCCUCUUCUUUCGAAAGAACUCCCUCUUCCCCGUCCACACAUGCCUUUUUUAAAAAGAGCUCUUUUGGGAAAAGGCUUCUUUGUAGAAAGAUGUUUAUCAAUGUCGGAAAAAGUCCUCUGUUCUUUAGAAUUUUUUUUUGUCGAAAAAACGCGAUUGUAGUGUGGACGUGAGUGAAGUUUUUUUUGGAAAAAAGCUCUGUAGUGUAGACAUAGCCUUAGUAACCCAAUGCUGAGACACAGUUGCUCCUUGCUUCUCCCUUGCUCCUGACUGACAGUGAUUUCUGUAGACCCACACCUACAGUAAAUGACUGUACACAGCCUUCUACCUGUGCUGGUGCAGCUGCUCUGUCUAGAGAGUAAUGGAAGGAGGGAGUCAAAACUUAGCCAUUCCCUUCCCCCCUGCUCCAGGGAGGGAGUAAGGAGGUGAAGCAGGCUACUAAAUGUUAAUGCUGACAACUACGAUCAAACAGCGGUGGUUUAUUCACUGGGGGGAAAAAAAUCAUCGAUUUUUGUAACCCCGGAUAAUGCAACAGAAUUCUUCUUCCUUAUCCGAUGAGCUAGGCCCUGAUCCUACAAAUAUAUUGACCCCCUCCACAUGGGCUAUUAACAAAAUUUGAACUCGUGUUAACAUCGCUAGUAAAUGCAUGAGCUGAAGUGGUAACUCUAGUUGGCAGUCCGUUGUAGUAGACUUUCAUCCUCUUUUGUGUACCUGCCACUAAAGGGAGACAAAGACCCCCAUUCUCCAGCUGUGGGGUGGGUGGCUAUUCAUGCCCCAUAAUUCUCAAAUCAGCCAAACUACUCUCAUACUUUACAUUAAGCACAUGCUUAAGUGUUGUGUUGAAUUGGCACCUUGAGUAAUUUUACACAUGUAAGUAAUUCCAUUAAAUGAGGCCUCUCGUGAGCCUAAUGCUACAUGUUUUAAGUGUGUGCAGGAUUGGGGCCAGUGUUAGAAAGGAAAUGCUUCAGGAGGCCCACGGGCUAUGAUGAAAUGCAUUUGCAACUUUCUGCCUCUUCAUUAAUCUGAUCCAAGAUGUAGUCACUAGUGGUACCCUUGCCUGGAAACACACAGAUACUCACUGUAGUAUCUGUUCAUCAGGAAUCUCAAAAUCACUUCUACUUUAGAAAAGACAGCCCAUAUGAAACAGAAGCUAAUACUGCAGGUUUGGAAAGCAGGAUACGUUCUCGAGUGUACUUUGUAAAAUUCUGUAAAUGCUUUCCCCCACCCUCUGUGCAUGAAAUUAAAUAUUUUUUAACUUUG